AUUGUGCGAGACUCACACAAAGCCAGAGUUCGUGAUCUGUGCGCCUCUUCGAUUAAACGAUGAUCGGCUUCGGCGCGAAUCGACGUGGAGGUCGCCUCCCGUCCUUCAUCCUGAUUAUGUUAUUGGUGAUUAUCGUCAUUGUGUCGUUCAACUACUGGAGCGUAUCCACUAAACACGGGCGGCUGCUGGACGAGCUGGCCGAGAUGCAGACGCAGGUGAAGCGCACGGACGCGGCGCGCUCGCGCCUGGAGAAGAGAAACUCCGAGCUGAUGAUGCAGGUGGACACGCACCGGAAACAGAUCGACCAGAAGGACGGAGACCACAGUGUGCUGGAGAGCAAGCUGAAGGCCAGGGAUGCGCUGGUCAAAGCCUGCACCGAUGAGAAGAAUAAGAUGCAAAAUGAUAUCAGCGCCCAGAUGUCAGAGAUUCACAGACUGAAAGAGCAGGUAAAGGAGUUGAGGCAGGAGGUCAUCCGACAGGAAGACCAACUGAGGGAAGUGCGGAAAAACAGCACCCAUUUGGAAAAGAAGCUAGAAUAUGAGAGCUUGCAGUGUGGCCAACAAAUAGCCGAGCUGAAGGCAGAAUACGAAGAGAGCAAAAAAAGAGUAGAAGAAGAGGCAGCAAAACUCAGACAGAGUUUAUUAGAGAAUCGUAAAGUGGACACAGGGGGUCAGCAGGUGGAGGUGGAUCUUGAUCAAUCCAUCAAAAGAAAAGAGGAGGACACUGCAGAGCACCACACAGUGGCUGCACGGCGAAAUGAUGGCCCACUUCUUAAAGAUGAUAUGGGUAAACCUGGUAGCGAUGCUGGAAUGCCUGGCAUUGAGGACAGUGAAGUAGGCAAGAUAGAAGAUGCACAUUUUGCCCUAAAGAAGCCAGCCAUCACGCCGCAGAAGCACAUGGAGCCCGCGGAAGCUGCAGCAUUGCUGAAGGAGGAGAGGGCAGGGUUCGGGGCUGGAGCUGGUGCCAGACCAGGGGAUGAUUUGGUCCGCGGGGAACCGCUGGAUCUACCGGACAUGCCCCAUGAUGAAAAACUGCAUUUGGGGAACAACGACAUACCUUUGCAGCAACAGCUUCCGAAGCCGGUGGCGGACAAACCCAUGCUGUUUGACAAAGAUAUUAAGGCAGCUAUAAAGGCAGAUGAGUUUGGGGAGCAGCGCAGACAACUGGGAGCUGAAGGUUUAAAGGCAGAGGGAGUUGGACUUCCUCCUCCUCCUAAACCAGCUCCGGUCCUUCCCAAACACAUUGACCAGCACAAGGGCAGGGAUCUUGCGCCUGCUGACCUUCCACGUCAUCGUCAGAGCCGUUUCUUUGAUGAAAAUGAGUCUCCUGUAGAUCCGCAACACGGCAAUAAGCUGGCGGACUAUAACGGAGAUGAUGGCAACGUGGGUGAGUAUGAGGCAGACAAGCAGGCCGAGCUGGCCUACAAUGAGGAAGAGGAUGGUGAUGGUGGGGAGGAAGACGUCCAAGAUGAUGAAGAUCGGGAAGCUCCAGGUGAAAGGGUUGUGGAUUAUGGAAAGCGACAUCAAGCCAUUGACGUCCUGUAGUGCAACCUCUCAAAAAUCCUUUACAUUGAACUUUGGAUGCUUUUGACAGUGAAGUAGCCAAGCCAGGAAGAGGAACUUUGGAUUUCACCUGCAAUUUUGGUAUCAUGAUAGGAGACAUUCAGACUAUUCAAACUAUUUCAUUGUCUUCAGAGAUGAACGAGUUUCAGUGGUUGCGGCUGUGAAAUCAGUGACUGCAAAGAAUUUAAAUCAACUUAAAUACGACAGUGAUUUCAUGAUCUGCUGAAAAUGUUUGCUUGCACAUGACAUACUCUGAGCGUAUUGUUUUCAUGUUUGUUUUUUUGCCCCCAUCUGUAGCACAGGUCUAUCCUAAAUGGGAUUUGGAACUAAUAUAUUAUACAAAUGUUUUUUGUUGUUGUUUUUUUUUGGAUAAUAAAAUCGCUUCUCCAGGGACUGGGGGACACUACUGUGAAUAGAUAAUCGAGAAGUACCAUUUCUCUGUUAGAUUAACAUAGUGGAACAUAUUGAUACUACUGGUGUAAAGGACCUCUACAACACCAGUUUUCCCCCUCUCUUUAUCUUUUUGGAAAAGUGUUGCUAAAUUGAAGUAUAAACAAUGGGAAGUUGCUGUUCAACUUUUUAACCUCUCUUUCGCUCAUAAUGACACCAAUUGGUCAGACGUGUUUUUUUUUUUUUUUUUUUUAAAUACUGUUUCUUAUUCUGAAAGAGCACUCACAAAGUGCACAUGGAGUCUUGUAAGGUCAUUGUUGCAUGCAUAAGGCAGCAUUUGUAAAUCAGCCAGUAGAUCAUCAAGAAAAUGGAAAAAAGCAAUACCCCAGACUAAACUCAUCACAGCUGUUGGCCUGCUUCUUUUCUUACUGGUAGCUGUACAGUACAUAUAAGGAGAAAUCUGAGUGUCAAUGAAUGCUGUAAAAUUUUUAAACUCUCAAAAGGACAUAAUGAUCAUAGACCUAACUGUUUAUGUUUGUUUCAUAACUAAGCAAAAUUUGGUAGGGUUGGCAUACUGAAUGUACUCUUAUAGAUUGUGAUUGUUUUUGAGAUCUGUCACAUGGAUGUUUGGGCUCUCUUACACAGCUGUGCAGUGCAAUCCAAGUAUAACAAUUAACAAAAUAUUCUAUAUUUCAAAUAAACAGGUCCUGUUUUGGGAAAAGUACAAAUCCUAUCACUGUGACUGAAAGGCACAAUAUGUAUUUUUU